UCUCUCUCUCUCUCUCUACCUCCCCCUCUUCCUCUUCCUCCUUCCCUCCAUGAAGAAAAACAACCCUCCUCCUCCUCACCCUCCUAUCCUUUUACGCACGGUGCGUAAAGCGUUUCACUCCGUGUCCAGAGCGCACAGACAGAGGAGCAGGACAUUGUUUCAAACUGUCUCUGAGUCUAAGGACGUUUCGUUAACGGGACACAUGCACGAAUCUACUGGCGGGUCGCGCUCAUCAAUACUGACAGCGGCGUGCGCGUGAGCGGGAUUGUUGUCAUCGUGCAGCCGGGAAACGUGAGGGAGAAGCGGCUGCUCGGAGAGAGGACGCUCCGCCGGGACACGGGCCAGAAUGGGGAUUUAAACUCACAACUGCCUCAACAGAAACCACGUAAUGAUCCUUAUUUUAAUUUUUCUCUCAUGCAUCCGGGAGCUGCGUGACCGUCCCCGUGGUGUGAGUCCGGUGUGAGCGGGACACGGAGCAAGGAGAACCGGGGUCUGCGAGCGCUGCCGCCGGGAGCCGGGCUCCGUGUUGACCGAGGACCGGACGCUGAGAGCCGGACGCACAGGCUGUGUGAGAGAUUGUGUGUGCUUGUGUGUGCGUGUGUGUGCGUGUCUGUAAAAUGCCUCUGACGGACGGACGCGUCUGAUUGGACAUGGAGGCCGUCAGCGUAGCCAACGACUCACUGGACGAGCUCCACUUCCCGCCCACGUCCGACGAUGUCCACGUCGAUUACCAUGACUACGACCCAGAUGCCAGCGCCGUGCCGCCGGUGCUGCAGACGCUGUCGUCCGAGGCUUUGAAUUUUCCAGAGGACCCCAUCAGGCUGCUGAGUGUGCAGGUGGUGCUGAUCCUGGCAUACAGCACCAUCAUCGUGCUGGGGGUUCUGGGUAACUCUCUGGUUAUCUACGUCAUCUACCGCUUCAAGACGCUCCGCACCGUCACUAACUUCUUCAUCGCUAACCUGGCUGUCGCCCCGAGAAUUGAAAUACCAACAACAGAAGCCAUGAACGACACUAAACCAUCAUCCGCUCAGCCCUGCGCCACAGAUAAUCUUUUCUCAGAGUAA